AUGGCCUCAUCGAGGAAGUAUAGUCUUCUAACAGAUGUCCAGAGAUCUGUUUUGUCUCGAUAUUUUGAUGAAGGCAUGACUGGUAAGGGUCAAGCCAACAACACCCUCAUUGAAAAAGCAAGUGAAGCUAAAGUUUCUAAGGAAACGAUAAAGCAUGAUUUGGACAUCGAGACGCUGGAAUCUAAAGGUCAUUGGGCAACAAUGGAUGAAUUACUACAAGUGAUCCCAUAUCAUCUUCCGAGGUACGAGAAGAUUAUCAAGCAGUGCAAAAAUCACCCAAAUGACCCUUUGUGUGCCUUAGAGCUUUCCUUUGCCACGCGUUUUAUCGCUGUUUACCUUUUCCUUCAAGUGAAAUGUAGUAGACCGAUGACAUUUCAAUAUCUGACUGUUCAAAUGAUCGAAACGGCCAAAAUCAACGGUGGCUUUGUCGACCAAAAACAGUUUAAAACUGCAAGUACAUACGGCUUUGACUCGCUAAUGUUCAACACAGCUGAUAUACAGGUCAUCGAUGAUUUUAUACGACACGUCCGUCCACGUCUUGAGCCAAAGUGUGAUUAUGUUUUGGUCACCCGAAAUGGCAGGCAGUACAACAAACUGAGUAAUCUGAUGACCAAAAUGGUUUUCGAUGCUAUUGGCAAGUACAUUCACCCAAGCAGAUAUCGACAAAUAGUUGAAACGGAAAGUGUGAAAAAUCUCACCAAAGAAGAACAAGAUGUUGUUUCCAAGAAUCAAAAGCAUAGCUCAGUGGUCGCACGAGUUCAUUAUCAGAAACAGCACUCGAGAGACAUUGCCAAAAAGGGACAAGAAUGCAUGAAAAAGCUUCAAGGUAUCAAAGGCGAGCAAGUAGAAGAAUACAUUCAAUCUAAGCUUUGUGCGUUAAAUCAGGCCCCGACAUUGUCAAAUAAAGAUCAAGCCGCCUCAGUUUCAAAUGAGGAGCUAACAACAAAUGAGAUUCAAAACACGCACUACCAGGAUAAAACUAAAGUCCCUGAGAAAAGGAGCCAACAAGAAGUAGARAAUUCAGACAAAUUAGUAGUAAAAAGACUACAAUUUACAAAGGAGGAAGACGAGUUUUUAAAAGAGGGCUUACUGCAUUACGGUUAUGGACAGUGGACGCCCAUAUUAAGGGAUAAACGAUUUAAAUUCCCGAAAGGUAGAAAGCCAGACUCUUUGAAAAAACGUGCAGAUAGCAAAUUUCCAACUUUGUGCAAAAAAAAAUAAAUCAGCAAAAUCGUGUAAUGCGUAAAUACUUUCUUUGAGUGCAAAUAAAUAUACUAUUUGAUAGUUUAACUACAAGACCUUAAUCAUAUUCCGAAGCGUGAGUGUUAGAGAGUGGGCUAUGGUGACAUGAAAAUAAGUUGCUGAACAAUAGGUAGGUGGGUUAGAAUAUGGAAAUAAGUCGGAGAACAAUGGCUAACCCACUAACCCACUAACCCACUGUUUGGUCAAAAGAAAGUUUGGAUCGGGUUCAACUGCGCAAGUACCAAAGCAGGAAGAGAGUUCUUAUAUACUUACUUUUCUUUUUACAAAUGCCCACGAAUAAUGUAUGCAAGUCCCUCCAAAGGUAGACCAUACAUUCCCUGUAGCGUGAGAGGCUGCGAGUUACACAGUGGGCUAUGCUGUCAUGCAAAUAAGUUGCAGAAUAAUGGGUAGGUGGGUUAGAAUAUGGAAAUAAGUCGGAGAACAAUGGCUAACCCACUAACCCACUAACCCACUGUUUGGUCAAAAGAAAGUUUGGAUCGGGUUCAACUGCAAGUACCAAAACAGGGAGAAGGGAUUCUAGUAAAGACCUCGCGCGAAAACUUCAAUUUCUACUUGUUUAAAGGGAAGCA